UGACGUCCUCUGGGAGGGAGCAGGCCGGUCCAUCACACUGAAUACUAAAGGAUAAAGAGUUUGCUAAAAUAAUCUCCAUUACAAUACAAUGAUGGCACAGCUGACAUAUAUAUAUAUAUAUAUAUAUAUACUGUCCUGCUUAACUGCUUUGAACUACCACAGUGUUAUUACAGUGAUAGUUUAAGUUGAUUUAUGGGCCACCUCUGCCUAUCUGUUAUGCAACAGUCCUCUGCCAGGGCCGGUAAUUAUAGAGGACUGUUCUAGCACUAUGGAAAGUGUUACUCUGGUUUUUCUUGCUAAUGUCCGUGUUGAGCCUUUUACUAAUUAUAGUGUUCUUUACUAUACUCGUGCUGCUUUGAAACAUUUAAGCCAUCCUACUUUGGAAAUAAAUACCUGCCGCUUCACUUGGUAGCUGUCGUGAUCGUCCUUUUGUCAAACUGAAGCCUUUGUUUGUUUGUUUGUUUGUUUUUUAGAUUUGCAGUAAUCCAUUUUUAUUUGGACACUUGGGGGCAGGCUAACAAGCUGUGUGCAUAAAGCUAAUACAUUACUAGCAGACAUUAAUCAGCUGCCUGCAUUGGAAAACCUGUCAGUCAAUAUGGUGAUGUCUCUAAUCUCAAGGAUGAUUUCUUACAAUAUAGAUAUAGAAGAAGGGAAAGUGUCUGCAGUGGACAAAAUGGGUUUUUUUCUUGUUUUUUUAAAACAACAAUAUAUCCUUUUUAUUGCUGUAACAUGAGCUGAUUUAACAUGGCAGUCUAUGGACUGUUUUCCUCUUGGAGCCAGCUACCUGUGGGACCUUGAGGAACUGCCGUUCCUAGAGGAACUCGUGUUGGCUUCAUCGUUAAGCUCCAAAGGUUGCCCCUGGGUUUCUACUGAUUAGCUAUUGACAAAUCGUGACAAACCUCUGCUCCAUAGUAAUGCAUUAGAGCGGAGACAGUGUGAGAGUUAAAAUGGAAAGAGAGUGCAAAGAGCAGGCCAUCCUGACUGAUAUCAGGCAAGCAAUGAACAUUUGCUGAAACAGAAAGUUCUAGUAGCAAAGAUGAGAAUCUGGAAAUUAGUUUGGCAUGAAAGUCACUCAUUUUUAGGUCUAUUUUUGGUCUCCAGUUUUGAGAAAAUUAUUCGCUUUUUAGCACCUAAAUGGUCCGCUGUGACCAAUAGCUAGCUGCUCAUGUUUAAGACCUGGCAGGAGAUGCUUUCAUCUCCAGAUAAUACCUGAAAGACCUACUUUGAAUCAUUUAGGGUCCAAUUAUUUAACAUUUGCGCUUUGACUGUAACACGACUGUCAAGUGACACACGAGGAGUUUUGGUUGUUGUAUAAUGAAGCUCAUUAACCAUCAAUGAGUCUGUGUAUCCUUCUCUGGGUGACUAAUACCCUGACAGGUGGUGCUCACACAUACUUUACUGUUACUUGAUCUGUGUGCCACACACACCACACACAGAGUAAAAAGCCAAUUGAGAAGGUAGGUAAGUGCGUGUGUUUUUUAUAAAGUGGAUAAAAGGUAAGUCUGACCAAAUGACAGAAGAAAAAGGAAACACUGUGCAUAAAGGUCCUGUGAAAUGAAAGAGGAGGUGGAGGGAUGGAUAUAUAGAUGCUUGCAAGUGCCGAACCAGUGACGUCAAACUGUAAACUAAAGACUUAAUCCUCUGUGAGCCUGACCAGCUCCUUGUUCUAUCCUGACAUCUAGUGGUCAAAUCAUACAACAACACAGUCAGCCAUUCAGAGGAUGAGCACCAUCAUUUGGUAAGUAAUAUAAUCUAAUGUUGUGUGUUGCUGUUUAUUCAGGCAAAACCUGGUGACCCAAAUAACUUCCCGAGUGUCAGCUAAGAAAAACAAGUCAAUGAUGACGCCUCAUCCCACCGCAAAGUGGGAAGUAAAAAUGAGAUCAUGGAGAAGGUUUAUGAGAAAACCCUUUAUGGCCAUUACCUUACUAGAGUGUUUACAUGGAGUGAUUCGGUGGGUGGAGUAUAGGUCAGCCAUCAUCCUCUCUGUUGUUGUUAUAAACUGGCUCCAGGUUUUACUGAUGCUACGGUUGCUCUCUACUGUACCGUCACAUGGGGCCAAGUACCACAUUACACAGUUCAAUGAGCGCUUAUUUUUAGAUCACUGUAUGUAAAAAUUGUCAUGCUGAGCUUUGAACUUUCAUCACCUUGACACAUAAGAAUGACAGCUGGAAAAAAAAAUCUAUGUGCGCUACUACAAACAACACCUGUAAUCUUGAUGUUUAUGUCCACAUUGAGACCUGAGCUUCUUAACAAUGUCUCCCUCCUCUCAUCCGCAAACCAGUCACGACACAUGGCUGCCACUCCCCGAGCCUGGUUCUGCUGGAGGCUUCUUCCUGAUAAAAGGGAGUUUUUCAUUCCGACUGUUGUCUGACUGCCAGAGUUUUCUCUGUAUUAUUGUCGGGUCUUUACUUUACAAUAUAAAGCAUUUUGAGAUGACCGCUGCUGUGAUUGGUGCAAUAUAAAUAAUGUUGAAUUGUACUGGAAAUCAAAUUUUCAGGUCAUUUAAUAAAACAUGAUGAUUAUUGCCAUUAUGACCUAUUGCCUUAAAGCUGCACUGAUUGAAUAUUUUUAUAAUAAAAAUGGAGAUUGAAUAAUGGACUUCCAUGGUAGGAAAUGGCAACUUCAAAUAAAUGCUUGUGUUUAUCUGUCCUGCGUCAAAGUCAAAGUCAGCUGGCAGAUGCUGUACAUGAGCUGAUGGCUCAGCUGCUACCCUUCUAUGCAUGAACAUGGCAAAUCUGCUUAAGUUCCACAAGCGUGCCAAUGUUUGCUGUGCAUCUGCAUGCUGCUUUGCAACCCACCUCCACCCCAGCUCCUCCUUUUUCAUGCUCUUCAUAAGACUCGUAUUGCGGGAGUUGUGUAAUUUCAUCACAAAGUUAAGUGGUGCAGAUUCAAAACACACACAAAAGCGUUUGUUUAUGUAUAUUUGUUCUCUGAAUAGCAUCAAAAACGUUAGCAUAGGUUAGAUCACUAGAAAUUAUAGGUGUUCUGCUGCCGUAUUGCUAGCUGCCAGCCACGGAGCUGGUGUACUUCAUUACAUUCCUAUUCUGCUCGAACUGGGCUUCAUUAUUUGUUUACAGCACAAGAGGACUCCAGAGCUAGCCAGAAGGAUGUUAGCUAUCAAUGGCCAGUGGAAGCCUAUAUUCACUUAGAAUAGUAUCAUAAAGUGAUGUAGUUCAGCCUUUUAUUGGGCUGUAAAUUCUGUUUCACUGUCACAUUUACAUUUUGGUAACAGCACGAAGCCCGAGAGAGGAGGAUAGAGAGGGUGAGAAGGAGAGAGAGCAGGAUGAAGACAGCAAAAGUAAAAAAAAGCUCAAAAAGAAACAGAUAAGAGCAAACAUGCAGUCAAAGAUCUGAUAUUGUGAUAUGCUGUGCUGAUUCUACACACUAAAGGGGAGGUUGUAUGAAUUUCAAAAUUUAAUGUAAAAGCACCUCUGUUACCAGUUUGCUUUUUGUGCUUGUAUAUGGAGUGUGAGUGUUUUUUUUAUUUGCUUGUUUAUUGUUUUUUAAGUCUGUACUGAAUUGUGCUAUUUUAGUGGCUUAAACAAAAAUGAAACUGAAAAAAUGUUGUGCACGUUCCUCUUCUGCUUUCCUACAACACAACUGAGCCUUUGCCACAAGCUUAACUGAAGUGUCCACCAGAUUAUAGCUGAUCUGCUGCUAUGUUGAGAUGAUGUGCGGGUUCCUUCCUGUUAAAAGGGAGUUUUUCCUUCCCACUGUCGCCAAAUGCUUGCUCAUAGCAGAUCUUUUGAUUGUUGGGGUUUUCUCUGUAUUAUUGUAGGGCCUUUACCUCACAAUAUAUAAAGUCCCUUUAGUGUUUUAGCACUAUAAAAAAAAAACAGAACUGAAUUGAAAGAACUGUUAAAUUGCCACAUACAGGUAGGUAAUAAUGCGUUUUGUAUGUGAUAACAGAAGCAAAUCUUUGAAUGGGAUUAUUUUCAUAUUUACUUCAGUAAAAUUAUGAUAAAUAAACUUUAUUUACAUUUAUUCAAAGAAAGCCUAAUGUUUAAAAUAAACACAUAUUAAAGCACUCUGGGGAUGCAGUAAAAGGAACCCUGACUUUUGGGGCAGGUAAAGAUACCUUCCACCUUCAGUGCAUUGCAUUUAAACUCUCAGUUCUCCAGUACUGUGGAGGAACCCUGCUUAGCUGGAAUAGUUACAGCAAGGCAUUGCUUUUAGCCUCUGUUUCCAUCUUCUAACAUCUCUUAUGAUCACACUUUUCCUUUAAGCAUUAUGACCUGCACAUGCUCCAAGCUAGCGGCAUUUGCAUGGAUCACGGACGUUUGGAUACUCAUUUGUUUGUGCACACUGUUUACUUCAUUUCAGCGGAACUAUCUGCUAUGAGUCCUGUGAGGUGAGAAUGGACAGAUGAUGAAAAUAUUUCCAUCUGAUGAGUCUGUUUUUGAAAAAUUCAGAAGGUGGACUAAUUCUUUUUACAGAAGAAAUGUUUGUCUUCAAGCAGGUCUCCCCGAUCUCUGAGAAAAAUGAGAAGGGGAAGUCUGGAACCUAACCUUGCCACAGACUGGCUUGAAUUUGGAUUAGGAUCGUGGGUUUGAGCUGCGUUCUCUGUGGAUUUUCUUUUGUUUUUACACUUCCAUCAGUUUGAGGACUAUAUAUUCAGGUCUCUGUCCCAGGAUGGAGAAUCUAAUCCUGGACAUGGUGUCUGAUCAGAAUUUAGAGGAGCUUCCAAAUGUGGAGCCAGAUGCAGGUGAGAUGCAAAAGCCAGAGGAGGAGCAGCAGGACGAGGCUGACCCUGAUCCCCAACCUGAAUCCAGCCAGGAGACAUUGGAGACGAGAAGCGGCCCUCCACCGCUGGCUGUCAUUGAGUUCCGCAUCCAGCAGCUUCAGAACCGCCGUUUCCUCCUGCAGAAGAUGAGAGAAUUUACCAAAAAGUCACAGCAAAAGAUGGACAGCCCUCCAAAGCAAACAAACGUCGAGGAUGACGAUGACAGUGAAGACGAGCUGGAGACCAUUCAGAAAGAGUUGAAUGUGCUGCUGCUGAAAAAGGAGGAGCUGUCGAAAGAGGAAGAGACUGCCACACCCACAGAAAACGGAGUUCAUCAAGCAGACCCCAGUUUUUAUAAAAAUGAAACACCCAGGGGAGGGAUCUACACGCUGCCGCCUGCAGAGGUGACCCAGGAGGAGAGCAUAGAACCCAAAGAACCUGAAGAACCUGAAGAACCCGAAGAACCUGAAGAACCCGAAGAACCUGUAGAAACUGAACCUGAAGUAGAAAUACCAGUAGAAACACCAGAAGAUGACAUCGCUCCAGUUGAAACUCUGUGCAGAGACGCCAGGCUCACCCAGUGUCCGACCUGCAAAGAGCUCAUCAUCACACAAACCCAAAGGAAAGUGGGCGAGACAACUUGGUUAGCGUGCUGCUUGUGCUCCAUGAUAGGCUGUGUUGGCGGCUGCUGUAUAGUCCCUUUCUGCAUGAAGAACUUCAAGGACGUUCAUCACCAAUGUCCACACUGUCAGUGCACAAUACACACCUUCAAGCCAUUCUGACAACAAGAUUACUGGAGUAACAACAAUGCAAUCCUCACUUCCUGCACUCGAGAGACCUUUUCCUGCAUCUUGGAGCUGCUUGGGUCCAAACAGCGUUUGUCACCCUGCAGUAUUGCUCUCAAACUUUGACCUGUGAACUGGAAUAAUAUGGGACUGUGCACAACACCUGGAGAACUUUAGAACUUUUUUUUGGCAUUGAUGCUACAUCUGUACUGUCCAAAAGCUCAGGAUAGCAGAGCUGCUGUAAAUAGUUCCUCUCCCUGGAAAAGUCUGCUCAUAAUUCAGUGAGCUAUAGCUAAAGGAAAUAUGUGUUUGCUGCACAGUUAUCUGGUUAUUCUAUCUUCCAGUAAGCAGAUGCAAAUUGUGGUAUUCAAAUAAUACUCGCUUCAACAGUUUGACAGCUUCAUGUUUGUUCAUCUUAGCCAGAAAUAACUUUGAGCGAACUCAAAUCUAGGAUCAAGAUCUUCAUGCUGCUAUUUUUAGAUCAAUUAUCUGACCGGUUUCCAUGAUGAAGUGUAUUUGUUGUAAAUACAGUUCUGUACAGAUGCAAAUGA